AUGACACUUUCUGGGUUGCUGAAUGUCGUGACAUUGGAGCGCGUCUUCGGCUAUUCGGUUCUGUUCGUGGUGAUCGGCUUCGUGCUGGAUUAUACAGCACUGCCGCAGCAUCCAAAGUCGAUCCCGGCGUUUGGCCACGGCCAAUCCUUGUGGGCCAAUCUGCGCAACAGCGUGGCAUACUUUACGCGAUACCGAUCAUGGAUCACUGAUGGGUAUCUGAAGUACGGCAAGGAAGGGCUUCCCUUCGUGGUGCCCGCGUCGAUAUCCCGAGCGUCAGACGUCGUGCUGCCACGCUCUCUGGUAUCCUGGUUCAUGGAGCAGCCUGACACGGCGCUAUCAGCCGACGAAGCACACGAGGGCAUCCUGUACGGCAAAUACAACUUCCUGGACCCCAGAGUGGCACACGAAUCAUUUGGCACGCGCGUCAUCUACAAGCACCUGUCCCGCAACCUUGCGACGUUGGUGCCCGAGAUUGACGAUGAAGUCGGCUACGCCGUCGACUUUGCGCUUCGCAACGUCAGCGACGAGUGGACAACCAUCAAUCUGUGGGACAUGUGGCUCGACAUUGUCCCGCGAGUGACGAACAGGAUGCUCGCCGGGCGCGGCGCCUGCCGAGACGACCUGUUCCUACAGAGCAUGAUCAGCUUUGCCGACGAUGUCGUCCGCAGCUGCAUCUUCCUUCGCAUGUUCCCAAAGGCACUGCAUCCCAUCUUUGGCCGUCUCUUGACUCUGCCAAACUGGCUGCACUGGUGGCGGGCGCACAGACGGCUUCUACCGACCAUACAGCAGCGACUCCAAGAUAUGAAACGACAGGCUGAAGGAGCACCGGAACUGGAGCACUGGGUGCCGCCAGAUGACUUCAUUAGCUGGUAUAUCCGCCUUGCCUUGGCCGAGCAGAGAUUGGAAGAGCUCGAUCCGACCGUCAUCUCGAAGCAUCUCCUGCCUCUGGAAUUCGCAUCCAUACACACCACAGUGCUGACGGGCCAUUCCUGGCUGCUCGAUCUUCUCACAACCGCCCCAGGCGACCGAGUCCUCGAUGUCCUCCGCGAUGAGCUGCAGGCGCACAAACCCGCCGCCGGACCGUGGACGAAAUCCGCACUCCUAUCUCUUGUCCGCGUAGACUCCUCCAUCCGCGAGUCCCAGCGACUGAGCAACUUCCACGCCACCCUCGUCGAGCGAGUCGUCGUCUCUCCAGAUGGUAUCCGCCAUCCAGGCUUCGACUGGACCCUGCCAAAGGGCAUUUUCGUCACGGUCAACCUCGAGGGCACGCACCACGACGAAGACAUUUACCCACACGCGCAGACGUACGACCCGCUGCGCUUCUCCCGCAUCCGGGAGGCGUGGGAGAAGAAGCCCGAGGAGGAGCGCAGGGCCGCCGCCGACGAGGGCAGGAAGGUCCUGGGGCUGGGCAUGGUCACGACGAGCGACCAGCACUUUGCGUUUGGGCUGGGCAGGCACGCGUGCCCGGGGAGGUUCUUUGUCGCCCACGAGCUCAAGCUCGUCAUGGCGCACCUGCUGCUCAACUACGACGUCGAGAUGCUGAGUGAACGGCCGAAGCCGCAGUGGGUUGGGUCGCAGGCGCUGCCGCCGCUCAAGGCGCAGAUACGGGUGCGCAGGCGACGGUGCGAAAAGGCGUGA